AUGAAGUUCUCUACCUUAAUCGGUGCUACCCUCGCUGCUGGAGCCGCCGCUCAGCCCAACAUCUUCCUGAUCCGGCACGCCGAGAAGAACUCGGACGGCACCAUCUCGGCGCAGGGCAUGAAGCGGGAGCAGUGCCUGGUCAACGUCUUUGGCCGCGACAGCGACUUCAACAUUCAAAAGAUUAUUGUCCAGAACCCUCACUCCGGCGACAACCUCAGCCAGCGCCCGUACAACACGACGCUGCCGCUGGCACGGUCUCUUGGGCUGACGAUUGAGCACGAGUGCGAGUACGACGACCCCGAAUGCGCCGCCAAAGAGGCCAGGGCCUACAGCGGCGACGGCAACAUCCUGAUUGCGUGGGAGCACAUUAUGCUGCAGCACGUCUCGGAGGCGCUCGGCGCCAACGCGCCCAAGUACCCGGGCAGCCACUACGACCUUAUCUACGAUCAGCCCUACCCGUACGACUCGGUGACGGUCUACUCGGAGGGCUGCCCUGGCCUGGACUAG